AUGCGGAUCCAAUCACUGAAUACAUGGGUUGUUGCCUUCUUGGUCACUUCAGCAGAAUGUGCCAAGUUAUUGACUAUCCCAUCUGUUGCUUGCCAAAACAAUCGAGGUGACCGCUACAAUGUCGAAAGAAUUGAGUCCAUUACGGUUGAUACUCGAUUCGCAACUUCGGUCGACAAAGACGGACAAAUCCUUAUUCCACCAACAUUGAGUCAGUUUGCAGAGACGUUUCGAAAUGAUGUUGCGCCUCUUGUUGGCCGCAAGCUCCGCCUUGAGUACGGGACUCUUCCUAAGAAGAACUCGAUCUUUAUGACAAUUGACAAGAAUCGAGGUAAAUAUGUAGAUGCUGCCAAAAGGUACACCUCAGAGGGUUAUUCUCUGGAAACAAGCAAAAAUGGCAUCAUCCUCAAAGGCGCCAGCCCGCUGGGAGCUUGGUGGGGAACUCGAACUAUCUUUCAAGCUCUGGCUCUCAACGGCUAUCUACCGCAUGGAUCUAUGACUGAUUCCCCAGGUUGGGGUAGUAGGGGUGUUAUGCUUGAUAUAGGUCGGCAUUACUACCCACCAGAAUUCCUGGUUGAAAUGUGUUCCUAUCUAUCCAUCUGGAAGCAGAACCAAUUUCAUCUCCAUAUCAACGACAAUCUUUUCAUUAACUUUGAUCUCUACACGGAUAAACAGAUGCGGGAACUCUACUCAGCCUUCAGGCUGAGCUCAACUAGUCCCGCACUCGCUGGCUUGGCAUCUCCUGCCAAUGAGUCGUACACUCACGCCCAAUUCGAAUGGAUUCAACGGCAAUGCGCCGCUAGAGGUGUGACCAUAAUCCCAGAGAUCGACGCUCCAGCGCAUGCCUUGGCUAUCACUAAGUGGAAACCCGAGCUUGCCCUGAGUGGAAACCCGUCUAUGCUCAACAUCAGUCACCCUGGCACCAUACCAACUUUGAAGACCCUCUGGAAAACGUUUCUGCCAUGGUUCCAUACCAAGACAGUGCAUCUUGGAGCUGAUGAGUAUAACACUACUAUGGUGUCCCAGUACAACAAGCUUGUUGAUGAGCUCUAUCAUUUCGUCUCACAAUCCAACAAAAAAGCUCGAAUCUGGGGAACAUUUCCACCUAGCAAGGGUGGUAAGUAUACCAAGGACGUCGUUAUUCAGCACUGGGCACCCUACGAGGAUAACGCAUACUUUGACUUCAUCAAGAAAGGAUACAAGGUCCUCAACUCAGACUUUCUAUUCUACAUCAGUUCCAAAUGGCAUGGAUACUUCGGUCAGACACUGAACAAAACUCUCAUCUUUGGCGGCAAUCCUGAAGGUGGAGCAUUCGCUCCCCAUAUCUUCGACGCCAAAAAUGCGACUAACAACCCACCUCGUGAUAGUCCUGGCGUCAUGGGAUACAUUGCGGCGCAGUGGUCCGACUACGGCCCGUCAGCAUCAACCUACCUCGAGGUGUACUACGCAUGGCGGGAUGGACUACCAGCCUUGGCAGACAAGGCCUGGGGAGGCAACCUCUCAGAAGCUGAGUAUAAUUCUAUUCUCGAAAAGGUCAUCGCGAACAUCCCGGGUCAAAACCUGGAUAGGCGAGUCAAAUCCAAGACCGAUCUUAUACUCGACUAUCGUUUCAGCGAUGCACGCGCAUCCAAGUCGAAACUGGUGCGGGACACUUCUGGCAAUGGAUAUGACGCCGUAAACCAUAACUGCAAGAUCCGUCGGUCCGAGGUUUUGGUCUCAUCAAGAUGCUACUUAGAGACGCCGCUGAGUAGCAAGGGUCGAGACUACACACUCUCAUUUUGGGUCUAUCCAGAAUCACGCAGACAUGGUGAAUUGUUUUCUGGACCGGACUCUGCUCUGCAUCUCGGGUAUGGAACAAGCCCUAAUGUGACACUUGUCAGUGGCAAUCAUGCCUAUUCUCUCAAUUAUUCGCUGCCCACCAACAUUUGGACUCACGUCGAUCUUUCCGCCCGUGGAGGUUCAACAUUCCUGAAAGUCUUUGAGAAAAACGCUGCAAAGACGAUGGAGUUCUUAGCAGAGGUUAAACCAAAUGGAGUGAUGGGGAGCAAUGGCGUCAUGACAAUCUGGAGACCAAUUGCUAUUGAAGCUCCCUUGAGAAGGAUCGGUAGAGGUUUUGUUGGCAAGAUGAGAAGUAUCUCACUCAGAGGGACUGCCUGA